ACCAAGCAUUUGAGAUUCUGUAGAGUAGAAUGCUACUGAUAUUGAGCGCUGUUUGUGUCACUCUGCUUAAUACAGCGACUCUUGCUGCUACUGAGAACGAGACCAUUCCAGACUGUGACUACUUCGACACGGUGAACGUGACGGGGAGCCAGCGGCUGGUCAAUGGUUCGUAUCUGUACCAGGGUGUGGUCAUUCCGGCCGAGCUUACGGCUGAAUUUGACUACAGGGUACUGCCGGACGACAGCACGGAGCCGGUGGAGAGACAUCUGCGAGGCUGCGUCUGCCAGCUGCGUCCGUGUCUCCGACUCUGCUGCCACCACUCUAAGUUAAUGGCCAAUGGGCAGUGCAGUGGCAGCAUCGAGGUGGAUCUGACCCGACUGAACCCCUACUUGAACGUGACCCUGGACGAUGGCACGGUGGCAAGACGACACUUCCAGGAGGAGUUCAUCAUUCAGAGCGAUCUGCCGAUCCCCUGCAAUGAUAUGUACCCGCUCAACGAUCAAGAGCAGCAGGAUCAGUACAUAGUCUUUGAGAAUGGGUCUUUCUUUCGACCAUACGACAGUGCAACGAUGAGCAAGCGGGAAUACUGCCUUCAGGCGUAUGACUUCAGAGAGGGCGAGACGGAGUCAUUCCGGAUUGUUGCCCACAACUGCUCGAUUAAGUCGAAUAGCAAGACGGGGAAAACAGUUGUGAUCAUUCUUACCCUCGUGUGUCUCGCCUGCACGAUCACCGUCUAUCUCAAACUGAAAAAGCUGCGGAAUCUCCAUGGAAAGUGCUUCGUUUGCUGUCUGAGUUGUCUAUUCAUGGGGUACCUUUUCUUAUUGAUGGACCUCUGGGAGCUGACAAAUGCCAUUUGCAAGCCAUCAGGCUACAUUGGCUACUAUUUCGUGAUGGCCAACUUCCUGUGGCUGAGUGUUAUCAGCUGGAAUCUCCAUUCCACGUUCAGCUGUAGUGUGAGCCGCGUGAAUCGGUACCGGCCGAAGUACGUGUUCCUUGUGUACAACGUCUAUGCCUGGGGAAUGGCAACCGUCCUCACUGCCGUCAUUUAUAUGGUGGAUCACCUGGUGGAGGAUAUUCCUGAGAAUGAGCCCUGGAUGCCUGGUGUCGGCUUCUACAACUGUUGGAUAAAGACUCAAGACUGGUCGGCCAUGUUAUACUUCUUUGGACCGAUGUUGAUUGUGAUCAUUUUCAAUGUGACCAUGUUCAUUCUCACGGCCAUCCGUAUUGUUGCGGUGAAACGCGAACUGCAGAGCAUUGUCGAUCGCCAGGAGAGAAAGCAGAAACUUAACUCCGACAAACAGACAUAUAGCUUCUUUCUGCGACUGUUUGUCAUCAUGGGCCUGAACUGGAGCCUGGAGAUACUCUCAUACUUGGUGCAGGACGACGACAUAUGGAAGAAUGUCUUUCUGGUCGCCGACUACUUAAACUGGUCGACGGGCAUCAUCAUCUUUUUCCUGUUCGUGAUGAAGCGCAGUGUCUUGAGGUUAUUCAGAGAAAGGAAUGACGAUGAAGUUUCCGAGGAAGAGAUAUCGCUCGAAGAGACGCAACGGUUGUAGGAAUCUUUCAAGGAGCACACGGAG